AUGGCAUGUGGAGAGGGUGAACUUUCCAGUCUGGCUAAAGGGAAUGUUGAACACCUGCGAGGUCAUUUAAGUGACGACCCUGUGUCACUUACAUCACAUCAGGGCAUUGAGGGGAUUCAGGUGUUUUUGCAUGAGAAAGAUUUGUGGACCAAGUUCCACACCGUCACAACAGAAAUGAUCAUCACUAAAGCAGGGCGACGGAUGUUUCCCAGCUAUAAAAUUAGAGUGACUGGCCUGAACCCGAAGGCGAAGUAUAUUCUUUUGAUGGAUAUCGUACCAGUUGAUACUCACCGCUACAAAUUUGCUGACAAUAAAUGGUCUGUGAGUGGGAAAGCAGAAGCAGCCAUCUUAGGCAGACUGUACAUCCACCCCGAUUCUCCUGGCACAGGACUCCACUGGAUGAGGCAGCUGGUGUCUUUCCACAAACUCAAGCUCACCAAUAACCACCUGGACCCUUUUGGACAUGUAACUCAUAUCAUCUUGAAUUCCAUGCAUAAAUAUCAGCCUCGACUUCACAUCAUCAAAGCUGAUGAAAAGAGUGGGUUUGGAUCAUCAAACACAGCCUUCUACACACACUCCUUCCCAGAGACAGUCUUCAUUGCUGUGACAUCUUACCAAAAUCAUGCAAUCACCCAACUAAAAAUCGAGAACAACCCGUUUGCAAAAGGCUUCCGUGGCAAUGAGGACCUAGAAAUGCAUCGCAUAUCCCAGAUGCCAAGUAAAGAGUAUGUGCUGGUACCACAAAACACUACCAGGCCAAGGCUGGUCUCCAGUGUCCAGUUUCCAAAUCGGCUUCCCCACUCUGCACCCUACAUGGCUGUCAGAGCCUCCACAGAAAAAGGACAGGGUAAAGAUCUUUUCUCUGGGAUCGCUGUACGCUGUUUCUGUUUGACAGACGCAGAUCUGAGUGGUGCUAGCGUGUUUCUCCAGCAACAGCAGCAUGACGGACUCCCUCACUUCCUCUGCCCGACUCUCACCUGUGAGCGGAACCAGCCCUAUGGGGCAGAGCCAGCCUGUCUGCAGCCCUGCAUGUUCUCCAGCUCACGCGGGGACACUGAUGAGACUGACUGGUCUUUCUAUCCAGAGUGUCUACCCCAACAGAGAUUCUCCACUGGCCAGCAAGUUAGUGGGAGCCUCAGCUACAGACCUGACUCUUUAGACUUCUAA